GAGCAUCGGGUGUGAGUUUGGAGAGAAAAAAAGUGCAGGCUCACACGGGAGCUCCCCGUCAAACAGCGCGUCGCCCUUCGCUCGGAGGCUAUCUGGAGUUCCAAACAAAAGAGCGCCUCCUCCACGCUGACCUCCGCCAAGAGACGCGCAACGCUCUCCGGCCAGCGGUCAUGGCCACGACGCUGGAGGGCUGCCGCUGUCGGGGAGCCAGCCUCCGCAAUACCAACAACAGCGGCAGCAGUGGCGGCGGCACUAGCAUCCUUUACAACAUUCUUAAGAGUGACAGAGCAGAGCAACAACAAAACGAAACGCUCCAUAACUUACUCUACAGCCACAGAAGCAGCUCCACUUCCUCCACCGUAGCCUCCGGGCCGGCGUGGCGACAUCAGGAGCCGCGGCAACAGUCGCUGCAGGCGGCGUGUUCCUGCGGGGCGACGCGGCGCCGCGGGGUCCUGCGCUCCCCUCAGGUGACGUGCAAAGCCGCAUCCGCCAUCCUCGUCAAGACGCUACGUUUCGUCAAGAAUGUGCCGUGCUUCAGGGAGCUGCCCGAGGACGAGCAGGUGGUCCUGAUCCGGAGCGGCUGGGCGCCCCUCUUGGUGCUCGGAUUGGCGCAAGACCGCGUGGACUUUGAGACCACGGAGACGGUGGAGCCGAGCAUGCUGCAGCGGAUCCUCACCGGGUCGCCCCAGAGCCAGAGCGAGGCAGCGGCGGCGGCGGCGGCGGCAGCGGUGCUCAGUCCGAGUCAUGGCGGAGGAGCCGGCGUGGCCUUGGCCGACAUCGAAGCUAUUAAAGGCUUCUUGAAGAAGUGCUGGAGUGUGGACAUCAGCACCAAGGAGUACGCAUACCUAAAGGGAGCAGUGCUCUUCAACCCGGAUCUGGAGGGUCUUCGCUGCUUGCCAUACAUCCAGUCGCUGCGCCGUGAGGCCCACCAAGCCCUCAACGAGCACGUCCGGCUGAUCCACCGCGAGGACGGCACGCGCUUCGCCAAGCUGCUCAUCGCCCUGUCCAUGCUUCGGUCCAUCAGCCCGUCGGUGGUGGCCCAGCUCUUCUUUAAGCCAAUCAUUGGAAGCGUGAACAUCGAGGAAGUACUCAUGGAGAUGUUCUACGGGAAGUAAGCCCUACCACACAGCAUUGUAGGUGAACUUCCAGUUUCCUGAUGGACUGCAAGUCAACUAUUGGACAAGUGAAAAGUGCUUAGAAAAAAAGGAAUCCGUUUUGUGUGAAUGCUUUGUGUUUACCAUGGACGUGAUGUAUAAAGCAGCCGCUGUGAUUCAUAGCUUAACUUAUUUGUUUUAUAAACUAUUUUUCUAAAAUAAAAUCCCUCCAGUGUUGUUCUUCAGCGCUGUUAACUGACACACUUUUCACAGGGUCAGCUGACCUCGGGGCUACACGAUACAUGCAGAUAAACUGCUGAUAAAACUCACACGGUUACCUUCAGCCAAUUUGGGUCAGACUGAUCUGGCGAGCAGCUUGUUUUGGCAUUGAUACAGCUUUGUUGGGGAAAAUAUGAGGCUACUGGAGACAUGAUUUAACUGGAAAAAAUACAGGCUGAGCCGUAAAAUUAGCCACGCCUUCACAAGUCACGACCUUUUUAAAGGCAGGGGUUUGGAUGCAACUUUUUCAUUUAAUACUUUUAUUAUGUGUACUAAAUGAAGUGUCUUGUAUAUGAACUCUUAACAAAAGAACACCAGAGCGACAAUUCAGCACAUAUCGUAUUAGUAACAUUUGCCUCUCAGUAGACUAGAGUAUUUAAAACUUUUUAAAUGUUCAUGAAUUUCAUAUUUCUAUGGACAUCAGAUCCGAAAAUUGUUUUUUUCCCCUCUAAAAGUAUGCAAUUUUAUUAUUCCACACAUGCAUAAAGUAUAUACAUAGACAGUGAUCCCUCGUUUUUCGCGGUUAGUGGGGACCAGAACCCGCCGCGAUAAGUGAAAAACCACGAAGUAGCGCCCCACCACCGAAAAAAACCCCAAAAACAUAUAUAUCUAUAUCUAUAUAUCUAUAUAUAUUAGGGCUGUCAAAAUUAUCGCGUUAACGCGCGGUAAUUAAUUCUUUUAAUUAAUCACGUUAAAAUAUUUGACGCAAUUAACGCACAUGUCCCGCUCAGACAGUAUUCUGCCUUUUGGUAAGCUUUACAGCAAGGCUUUUUGUGCUGUCUAACAGCGAACUCUUGUGGUCGCUUUGCGACAUGGUUUAUUGUUGUCUUGCCAGUUCAAUAUGGCUGCACGACGCCUCGGGCUGACGCCUACGUUGUAAUGUGCUUAUAUGAUCCUUGGACAAGAUUUGUCCGUAAGUAUGGUUGUUGUAAAUAAUGUACAUAUUAUGUUAGUAAGCGAAAUGUUAUAUUUUUUGUAUGAGACGCUUUUUGUAUGUUUAGUGAACCUGUAUAGCGUGCUAAGCUAACGUUGUUGCUAAUGCAAUGCUUGUGUACUUUUUUUUGUAGUUUUACGACGGUCUAAAGAGAACAAUGGUUUGAGGCCAUUUUAUUAAUAAAUCAGAUGAAAAAGGAAGAAGUCUGAUUAUUAAGGCGUCGUUCACUAGCUGUCUAGCUUUGGAAAAAGUAGACGCUUCGGAGUGAGGACAGCAUAGACAGAUUUAAAUGACAGUAGAGUGAAAUGCCCACUACAGUCCUUAUGUAUCGUAUGUUGAAUGUAUAUAUCCAUCUUGUGUCUUAUCUUUCCAUUCCAACAAUUUAUUUUACAGAAUAUAUAUAUAAUUUACAGAAAAAUAUGGCAUAUUUUAUA